AUAUUCAUCGGUGAAGAGUCUGACGUAGCCCGGAGUCUUGAUCGUCAUAGCGUACUUUCGUUUCUGCGAUCUCACUGUGUUGCAGCCGUCAUUCCUUAUUUGGAACACAUUAUUUACAAAUGGGAUGAAACCCGACCUAAGUUCCACGACCUUCUCGCAGAACAUUAUAUCAUCAAAUUGAAACUACUCCACCAAGAUUACGAACACGCCUUUCCGGACGAUGAGAGCAUUAGUCGGGCUGGAGAUGAGGAUGGCGAGUUGGGAGAGAUGCGGCGUCGGCUAAUAAAAUUCUUACGAUUUUCACUCCACUUUAGCCCUCAGGCUGUGCUUCUGCAGCUUAGCAAUACAGAUGAAGACGUUUUAGCGUUCUACGAAGAAAGAGCGCUGGUUCUUGGUCGGCUGAAACAUCAUGAACAGGCUUUGGCUAUCUACACGUCGAUUUUGAAUGACUUCGACGCAGCCGAGGAGUACUGUAAACUUUAUUAUGACGAAAGCGAUGAAGCAAAUUCACAGGUCUAUUUGCAACUUUUUCGGGCUUUCAUCAACCCAUCCGAUCCAAUUAUUGCUGGAGUUCUGGAGAAAGAAUUGCCAACACCUGAACCCGAUAUUCUCGAUGCUAUUCGGGUGUUGAGUAGGCAUGCCAACAAGAUUGAUACAGUGUAUGCUCUUCAACUUAUUCCUCCCGACACGCCCCUGUCAACACUAUGGAAGGCUCUGCACGCCGUUCUACAAACUACUCAUAAUGAUGCCUGCGCGCUUGCUUUACGACGGUCAGUGUGCGAAUGUGGUCUCGAGUCCCAUGAAGCGAGGCUCCGCAAUAUUCUGAGUCAAAGAAUAGUUGUCGGAAAUAGCAGUGAGUGCUCGAAAUGUGGGAAACGGAUUGGUAACAGUGCCUUCGUCCGGUAUCCUACGGAUGGCUCUCUUGCUCACUUCGGAUGUCAUAAUGAUUCAGCUGAAAAAAAUCAACUGUCGCGGUCUGUCGAAUAA